AACGCUACACAGGCAGGACAUGAAAUAGCCUGAUCUUGUAACUUCAAGGAAAGAUAAAUCAGGAUUUUCUAUUACCUAUGGGACUAUGUAAAAUAUUGCAGUGAUAAGGCAAAAGUAUUGAUGAGUUCUGAACAAGUUCUCUCUCUCUCUCUCUUCCUUCAGCCACUCCUGACUGCCCUUGCCACUGAAAGUUGUCAAUUGGAUUGGGCAAAGUUCCUGAUAUCCUCAGCAGGAUUUUAACGAAAUUGCUUUGUAGGCAAUGAAGGUUUGCGUUACAACCUUCGCUGGUGUUAGAAAUUGAGUUGUCUUCAAUACAACCCCAUCCCAUGCAGUAACAGUGAAUGUCCAUAUCACCAAGCCUUAUGAAAGCCUAAUUAAAACCGAGAAUGGCAUCCGCUGUGGAGAUGGUGAGCAACGUCAAGGUCAAACACAGCUUGGACUUGCUCCAACGCAUCAUUAGCAUGAGAGAGUCCGAUGAGUUGACCGAUGUGGUGCUGGUGACCCAGGGGUCCAGAUUCCCCUGCCACCGGGUUCUUCUGGCUGCGUUCAGCCCUUACUUCAAAGCCAUGUUCACCUGCGGCCUGGCAGAAUGUAGUCAGAGGGAGGUGGCUCUCCAUGAUGUGCAGCCGGAGAGCGUGGUCACCAUCCUUGACUACAUGUACAGUUCGGAACUGCACCUCACCAACGCCAACGUCCAAGGAGUGGCCACCAUGGCCUACUUCCUCCAGAUGGAAGGCAUUUUCGCUGCCUGCCAGAAGUAUAUGUUGGAUCACAUGGAUGCCUCCAACUGCCUCGGGGUUUACUACUUUGCAAAGCAACUCGGGGCUGAAGAGCUGUCCGAGCAAGCGAGGCGGUAUCUCCACCGGCAUUUUGCCGAGGUCUGCUUGCAGGAGGAAGUUCUGGAGGUGGAGGAACACCAGUUGCUGCCCUUGAUCUGCUCCGACGAUCUGAACAUUUCCCGUGAGGAGACCAUCUUGGAUUUGGUCCUCCGCUGGGUCAACCACGACCGGAGACCGCGGGCGGCACACCUGGUGCAACUCUUGAACCAGGUCCGCUUGGUGCUCAUCAGUCCCACCUUCCUGAGGGAGACCCUGAAAAGGAAUACUGUCCUAUUGAGCAACGUGGAAUGCUAUAACAUGAUUCAGGUCACUCUGGAGACCAUCCACAAGGCAGAGCAGCAUCCCUCCCUCAGUCUACGCUACGGGAUGGAAAGCACUGAUCUCCUCCUUUGCAUUGGCGUCAAUGGUCAAGGCAUAAAAUCAAGGCACCGCAGUUACACUGAAACCAACUACUGCUAUGCGCCCAAGACAAAGAAGUCCUGCUAUAUUGUGUCACCGAGAUAUGGUGAAACUUUGAGCUACGUUUGCACAGGAGUUGUGACAGAGAAUAAUGACAUUAUUUUAACUGGGGAGGCCGGAGUGUCAAAGCUAUCCAGGCAAAAGACGAAGGAUGUCGAAAUAGUGAGGUACCACGUUCGAGGGAGUCAGCAGUGGGAGAGAGUGUACUCUGCUCCAUUCCGAGAGCUCUAUAGCUUGGGGACAGCCCAAGGCUGCCUAUACCUGAUCGGAGGGCAGAUGAAGCUCAAGAAUCGGUAUGCCAUCACAAACUGCGUGGACAAGUUGGUCCUGGAGACGGGCCAGUGGAGGAGCACCGCGCCCCUGCCUUUGCCACUGGCGUGUCACGGUACCGUCGCCGUGGGCAACCAGAUCUACGUGAUGGGAGGAUGGACGCCACAGAUGGACCUUCCCGAUGAUGAACCCGAGUGGCUCAGCAGCAGAAUGUUUCGCUACGACCCCAGGAGGGACAGGUGGACCGAGUGUGGGCGCAUGGAAUUCUCCAAGUAUCGUUUCAGCACAGCUGUCCUCAACGGAGAGAUCUACGUCAUGGGUGGGAUAGGCUGCCAGGGAGUGGACCGUGGGCAGGCCAGGAGGUGUUUGGAUGCAGUGGAGAUAUACAACCCGGAUGGAGAUUUCUGGAGGAAGGGACCUCCGCUACCAACACCCAUUCUGUCGCUCAGAACCAACUCUACAAACGCCGGGGUGGUGGACGAGAAGCUGUACGUCUGUGGGGCCUUCCGCGGCGCAGAUCGACAUGAAGUCAUCGUCAAAGAGAUAUUGGAAUUGAAUCCUUGGGAGAAUCAGUGGAACGUGGUGGCCCAUAAUGUCCUCAUGCACGACAGCUACGAUGUCUGCCUUGUCGCCAGACUCAACCCCAGGGACCUCAUUCCACCACCUUCUGACGUGGUCGACCAGUGAAAGACGGGCAGAGACUCCAUUUGACCUUUAUCUAGGGCGGCGUAGUGAGUAGAGCCACUGCCUGACAGCGCCAGAUACCCGGGUUCUAUCCUCACCUCAGAUGUUGUUUGC